GAAAUCGAAACGGGCAGAAGUCGUUUUUCUCGGGAAAAAAAAAAAACAGAAAUAGUUUCCUGAAAGCAAAAAUAUAGCAGGUUGUGUAAGUAGAAACCGAAAUCAAUUUGAAUAUAAGAAGUGCAUUUCAAUCUGCGAAACAAUGGCAGUUAAUCCAUCGAUACAUUACGCGCCUCCUCUGAAUCGAACGCUACUCCGCCGUUCCCCUCUCGCUAUCUUCCAUACGGCUGCUUCGAAAACCUUUUUCUACGGAGAAUCGCCGAAACCGAGGAUCGUCGUAAUGCGGUGUCAGAAACCUGUUUCAGACGAAUCCCUUACCAGUAAAGCUGCGAAAUUGGCCGAUCGCGAUGCUCCGAUGGGAUCUUCCGGCUCCUCUUCUUCCGCGGUUAUCGAUUUUCUCACAUUGUGCCAUCGACUCAAGACCACGAAAAGGAAGGGAUGGCUCAAUCAUGGGAUAAAGGGUCCAGAAUCCAUUGCUGACCAUAUGUACCGCAUGGCUUUGAUGGGAUUGAUUGCCGGUGACCUUCCUGGUGUUAACAGAGAAAGGUGUAUCAAGAUAGCAAUUGUGCAUGAUAUUGCAGAAGCUAUUGUUGGAGAUAUAACACCAUCUGAUGGUGUGCCCAAGGAAGAAAAGAGCAGACGAGAACAAGCAGCUUUGAAUGAAAUGUGUGCAGUUCUUGGUGGAGGAAGGAGGGCUGAAGAGAUCAAAGAACUUUGGGCAGAAUAUGAAAAUAAUGCUUCUAUAGAAGCUAAUCUUGUGAAAGAUUUUGAUAAAAUUGAAAUGAUUCUGCAAGCACUGGAGUAUGAAAUGGAACAUGGAAAAGUACUUGAUGAGUUUUUCCUUUCAACAGCAGGAAAGUUUCAAACUGAUAUUGGAAAAAGUUGGGCAGAUGAGAUCAAUUCAAGAAGAAAUUCACGAUUAGCAAAACAAGCAUAAAAGAUCUACUGAUGGAGCUCCAGUCUUGAUCUUUCUCUUACUGCAAAGAUACCUUUUUUUUUAAUAGGAAGUUUUGUGGGAUGGCAUUUCAUACUGAUAUUUUGCCGCCUUCAUUAUCUUUCUUGUUUCUCAAGGAGAAAACCUGAAUAAAGCUGAAUUGGGAAACAGUGGAAAGAGAUCAUUCAGACUGUAGGAAUAAAGCUCUGUCAAACCUGGAAAUUUAUGCAGGUUAGAUUAGGUUGUGUGAUAUUAGCAUUUCUCAGAUGAAGCUCUCAGAAAUUUUGGAAUGAGGCCAUUGUUAUAUGUAAAGGUCUUAUGAACUUCCUAACUCAACUGUCUGGACCUUUGUAAUUCAGAUUAAUAUAUUCUGCCUUGCCCAGGUUACCAACAUCA